AUGAAAUUAAGUGGUGAUGCAGCUCAGUCGUCUGUUUUCGAAUACUUUGGCGCUGAUCGUGCCAUUGAUGGAGUAAAAUAUGCCCCGGGUACAGCCUCAUUUUGUACCCAUUCAGUGAUGGAGAAGAAUCCAUGGUGGAGGCUGGAUCUGCUGGAUAAUUGCUAUAUUAUAGCUGUGACCAUCACAAACAGAGCCGACUGCUGUUCAGAACGACUCGACAGAGCAGAAAUUCGCAUCGGAAACUCUUUGGAAAACAACGGCAACAACAAUCCCAUAUGUGCUGUGGUUACUAGUAUUUCAGCAGGAGCUUCCUACACCUACUUGUGUCCAUAUAUGGAGGGGCGUUACGUGAAUGUCGUUGCUCCUGGAGAUAGUAGGGUUCUUACGCUCUGUGAGGUUGAAGUCUAUAGGGGUUUUCCAGCAAAAGGGAUUACCGGUAUCAAACUGACCUGGACAAAACCUCCCCAGCCAGAGGUGGAACAGGACAUAGAGGAAGGCAAAAGAGGCUUAACAACUGCAGUUUUUAAGGAGUUUGGAAAAGUCCCAGAAAGAAGUGAGGUGUUCACCACUUUGAGGGAUCUGCUUCUGAACAGUUAA